GCGGCGCUGUGUGACCUUGAUGUUGUCCUUAACACACAAAACGAGCAAGAACUCACCGUUCGCGGCUGCUUGAACGCUGGAAACGUGUUAGAAGGAAGUGCAUGCAGUAGUAUAACACCAGUCAGACUCAUGUCAUGCUCAAAACCGCCUCAGCUGCAUGAAGUCGUCAAACCUUUAGCAUGGCUACUGGGAAAAUGGCGAUCAGAGCACGGCCGAGGGAUGUACCCAACAAUGAAGAACUUCACUUAUGGAGAAGAGGUGGAGUUCUCACAUAUAGGACAGCCCAAUCUACAGUAUAGGGCCUACUCUUGGAUGGGUGACCAUGACACCCCCAUGCACAGGGAGAUAGGAUAUGUCAGGCUACAGCCUGGUAGUCUACAUGUGGCCUUCAUCAUAGCUCAUAAUACGGGCUUGUCUGAGGUAGAGGAGGGGGAACUGGCGGGCCGCUCCAUGCACCUCACUUCUACUCAGUGUGUUCGGGUGUCUUUUGGUAAAGAACCAGCAGUGAAGAAGAUAGUUCGCACAUUCAGGAUGAAGGAGGAGGACGUACUGGAGCAAGUAAUGUACAUGGAGACCUCACGCACGCCACUCACUGAGCACCUCCGUAUCCAGUAUAAGAAACAGAAACACCACGCCUGGGAGGACAACGUCUUCUAUACUGCAUACUAGACAUGGGGCACCUGCCAGGAUAGACGGAGAGGAGUCCAGGGGAUAUACACUUUGUGGACACAAUUGCAACAGAUUGUUUAUGCUUAAGCAUGUAUUUCUAUGGUAAUUGGUGGCCAUUUUGGAUUUUUUUCCCCAUGCGUGGAUUUUUCGGGACAUUGAGUUAUUGACAAGGAGACUUCAAGGAAUUGCAUUAUGCAAAAAAAAAAAAAAAAAAAAAAAAAAAAA